AUGUCGUGGAUUCUGAAGAGCUUUCCGGCACUGCUCUUAUUGGUGUACUCACGCGCCGCAGAGGACCAUGACAUUCGAGCGGGCUGCAGCACUGCUGUGAAUGACCUGGUCUACAUCAUGGAUGGCUCCUGGAGUGUGGGAAGUGACGACUUUGAGACAGCCAAGCUCUGGCUAGUCAAUGUCACCAGUGGCUUCGACGUGAGUUCACACUACUCGCAGGUGGGUGUAGUACAAUACAGCGACACCCCCAGGUUGGAGAUCCCUCUCGGUCUCCACAAGACCACUCGAGAUCUCAUUAAAGCCAUUGAGGACAUCAGCUAUUUAGGUGGCAACACGCAGACGGGGCGUGCCAUCAAGUUUGCCGUGGACCACGUCUUUGCAUCUUCGCAACGAAGUGACGUGAAGAACCGCAUUGCUGUAGUGGUGACUGAUGGAAAGUCGCAGGACGAUGUUAUGGAUGCUAGCAUUGAUGCGCGAGCACAAGGGAUUAAAGUAUUUGCGGUGGGUGUCGGGACGGAGAUCACCACAUCAGAGCUAGUGACCAUCGCCAACAAGCCAGAGGGUGAAUACGUGCUGUAUGCGGAGGACUACACCAAUAUCGACCGUAUCCGUGAUGCUAUGGAACAGAAGCUGUGUGAGGAAUCGGUUUGCCCCACUCGUAUUCCUGUGGCUUCCCGUGAUGAGAAAGGCUUUGAGCUGAUAUUGGGCAUGAAGAUCCAUCAGAAAGCCAAGAAGAUCCAGGGCUCAUUAGUGUCGGAGGCAGCGUAUCUGCUGGACAAGAGCACCGACAUCACUGAAAACACCAGGCUGAUUUUUCCGGAAGGUCUUCCUCCCUCCUAUGUGUUUGUGUCCACUCUGAGGCUGAGAGGGUCUUCAAGAAGGGAAAAGCUGGACCUGUGGAGGGUCCUGUCUAAAGACGGACAGAUCCAGGCGGCUGUCACACUCAACGGACUGGACAAAUCUGUCAUCUUCACUUCCACAGACACAGUUAACGAGGAACAGAGAGUUACUUUUGAUGCACAAGACAUUGAGGCUCUUUUCGAUGGAGGCUGGCACCAGCUGAAGGUUCUGGUUAGACCCAGACGUGUCUCCUGUUUUCUGGAUGACCAGCAGAUCCAGGAUGAGGCUCUGGAGGCUGUGGUUCCCAUCUUCAUCAAUGGGAAGACUCAGAUCUCCAAACGCUCUGGCUCUGACGCCACACUUCCUACAGAAAUCCAGAAACUGAGGCUUUACUGCGACCCCCAGCAAAGCGAGAGAGAGACGGCAUGUGAGAUCUACUCUGUGGAUGAUGAACGGUGUCCUCUGGAUCGUGAGCCCACCGAUGAGACUGAAGAGGUGUGCGACUGCAACCACGGCCCGCCGGGGCCAGCAGGACCUCCAGGACCCAGGGGUGUGCGCGGAGAGAGAGGAGGAGAAGGACCUCCGGGGCCAGAUGGUACGCCUGUGAGUAAAACCCAUGUAUUCAGGAUACGAGUCUUUUCUGGCCAAUCUGUGUGAACUGUACGGCUCUGAAAUCUGUGUUUUUUUCAAUAAAGGGACCCCCAGGUUCAAGAGGAGAGCCAGGAGAUCCAGGUAUACCUGGAGAGAAGGGCGACCUGGGUCCAGCGGGGCCGAGAGGCCAUCCAGGACUUCAGGGGUUAAAAGGUGAUCGAGGAGAGCAAGGGCUGCCAGGGAAACCGGGGCCGCCAGGACCCAUGGGAGCAUCAAAACCAAACAUUGGGAUAGUUGGAUUGCCAGGAAAAAAGGGAGAGCAGGGAGGAAAAGGAGAACAAGGACCUCCUGGAGAGCCUGGUCCAAUGGGAAAACCAGGACUCGCUGGGAAUGACGGAGCGACCGGCGCUGCUGGAGCAAAGGUCAGUCAAUCCAGAAAGUAUAUUAACUGCAUCCAGCGGUGUAAAGAAACAUAAACGUGUGU